UCACAGUGUCUGGGUUGUUGUUCCCCGGGGUUCCACUAGAUGUCCUCCUUCUCACGGUGCCUGUCCCAGAUCACUUCCUGUUCCCUUAUAUGGUCACCUUCCUCCUUGUUACCUGAUUGAUUGUUCACCCCACCUGUCUCCUGUUUCCCAAUUAUCCUUCUGUGUAUAAAUACCCAGUCUGUCUUAGUCUAUGUCACGGAGUCCUUGUCUGAUGUCAUUGUGUUUCAGGUCCAUCAGUCUUGCUUUGUCUUACCCUAUGUGUCUCAUUCUCUCGUUCCACCAGACUUCCUCUACCUUCCAUUCUUCCGAGUUCCCCGUUUCGUCCGGUUCCCUUUUUGUUUGAUUUGUCUCUCAUGACUGUUUAUUUUGUAUUUACCCCUCUGUUUAAAUAAAACCCUUACCUGCAUUUGGAUCUACCCUCUCGUUGUGUUUUUCCCCAAUACCUAUCGUGACAGAAGGACUCCGUCAUGCCUAGAUCCAGCGGUGUGGGAUUUCGAAUCGGUUCCCCAGCCACCAUGGAGGAACGGAGGGGGAGAUACCAGAACUUAAUCACCCUUCAUCAAGAGGGAAGUGAGGUGGGUGGCCUGGCGCAAUUGUUUUGGACUAUGGCAGUCGGGCUAGGUUACAAUGAUGCAGCACUAAAGGAUUUAUUUAAUAAUUGCCUGGAUGAUCCUUUACCUUCAUGGGAGAUGAAGGGGUUAGAGAUACUGGACUUUUGGGGGUUUACCAAUUACCUGCACCAUCGUGCCCAGUGGAAUGCAACAACCACACCAGAGUGUCCAGACAAGGCUGCCAGCUCAGCCCCACAGCCCAAGAUGGCCGCCAGCCCUGCACCACAGCACAAGAUGGCCGACUCAACGCCACCGACUCCCCAUCGUAGAGGGCGGAGGAGGAGACAGGCAGCUGCUGUUCCCGAGGCGGUGCCCGAUGCAGUUCCCGAGGCGGAGCCCGAUGCAGUUCCCGAGGCGGUGCCCGAUGCAGUUCCCGAGGCGGUGCCCGAUGCUGUUUCCGAGGCGGUGCCCGAUGCAGUUCCCGAGGCGGAGCCCGAUGCAGUUCCCGAGGCGGUGCCCGAUGCAGUUCCCGAGGCGAAGCCCGAUGCAGUUCCCGAGGCGGUGCUCGAUGCAGUUCCCGAGGCGGUGCUCGAUGCAGUUCCCGAGGCGGUGCCCGAUGCAGUUCCCGAGGCGGUGCCCGAGGCGGAGCCCGAUGCUAUUCCCGAGGCGGAGCCCGAUGCUGUUCCCGAGGCGGAGCCCGAUGCAGUUCCCGAGGCGGUGCUCGAUGCUGUUCCCGAGGCGGUGCUCGAUGCUGUUUCCGAGGCGGUGCCCGAUGCAGUUCCCGAGGCGGAGCCCGAUGCAGUUCCCGAGGCGGAGCCCGAUGCAGUUCCCGAGGCGGUGCCCGAUGCUGUUUCCGAGGCGGUGCCCGAUGCUGUUUCCGAGGCGGAGCCCGAUGCUGUUUCCGAGGCGGAGCCCGAUGCAGUUCCCGAGGCGGAGCCCGAUGCAGUUCCCGAGGCGGAGCCCGAUGCGGUUCCCGAGGCGGUGCCCGAUGCUGUUUCCGAGGCGGUGCCCUAUGCAGUUCCCGAGGCGGAGCCCGAUGCAGUUCCCGAGGCGGUGCUCGAUGCAGUUCCCGAGGCGGUGCUCGAUGCAGUUCCCGAGGCGGUGCCCGAUGCAGUUCCCGAGGCGGUGCCCGAUGCAGUUCCCGAGGCGGUGCCCGAGGCGGAGCCCGAUGCUGUUCCCGAGGCGGAGCCCGAUGCUGUUCCCGAGGCGGAGCCCGAUGCUGUUCCCGAGGCGGAGCCCGAUGCAGUUCCCGAGGCGGUGCCCGAUGCUGUUUCCGAGGCGGAGCCCGAUGCAGUUCCCGAGGCGGUGCUCGAUGCAGUUCCCGAGGCGGUGCUCGAUGCAGUUCCCGAGGCGGUGCCCGAUGCAGUUCCCGAGGCGGAGCCCGAUGCUGUUCCCGAGGCGGAGCCCGAUGCUGUUCCCGAGGCGGAGCCCGAUGCUGUUCCCGAGGCGGAGCCCGAUGCAGUUCCCGAGGCGGUGCCCGAUGCUGUUCCCGAGGCCGAGGUCGUUCCCGAGGCGGUGCCCGAUGCAGUUCCCGAGGCGGAGCCCGAUGCAGUUCCCGAGGCGGAGCCCGAUGCUGUUCCCGAGGCGGUGCCCGAUGCUGUUCCCGAGGCGGUGCCCGAGGUUGUUCCCGAGGCGGUGCCCGAUGUUGUUCCCGAGGCGGUGUCCGUUACAGUUCCCGAGGCGGUGACCACAAGGCCGUGGUGGUCAUCCGCUCCGCCCUGGGGGACUCUGGCGGUGACCACGAGGACGUGGUGGUCGUCCGCUCCACCCUGGGAGACUCUGGCGGUGACCACGAGGACGUGGUGGUCAUCCGCUCCGCCCUGGGGGACUCUGGCGGUGACCACGAGGACGUGGUGGUCGUCCGCUCCACCUUGGGGGACUCUGGUGAUGACCAUGAGGACGUGGUGGUCUUCUGCUCCGACCUGGUGGACGCCGGCCUCGACCACAGAGACGUGGUGGUCUUCCGCUCCGCCCUGGAGGGCUCUGGCCUUGACCACACGGCUGUGGUGGUCAUCUGCUCCGUCCUAGUGGACGCCUCAACAUGUCCUUCAUGGACUUAUGUUUUGUGUUUUUUGAGUUCUGUUUCUGUCUGUUCUCUUUAGUUUAGUCUGGCCCUCCGUCCCUCCCCCUGUACCUCCUCCGGUCC